AAAUACUUCUCUUCUCCUUCUUAAGAAGCCUCUUGGCAUCAUCUCCUCCCAUUAUCUUCUAAACUUCAUCAAAAAAGUUCUCCUUAAGUCUCACCUCUCGAAAUCUCGAACAUCCGUAAAAUCAUAUAUUCCAUAAGAUUUGUUCCAGAUGGGUUUCGAUGAUUCAUGCAACACAGGUCUUGUUCUUGGAUUAGGUCUCUCACCAACUUCAAACAAUUACAAUAAUACCAUCAAACGUUCCUCCGGCUACAAGUCCGACCCGUCGUUGACUCUAAGCCUCUCCGGCGAUCCAUCAAUGAUGGUGGUCGCCGGAGCUGACCUGCUCUGCCGUCAGACUUCAUCUCACAGCGGAGUCUCUUCUUUCUCAACCGGAAGAGUAGUGAAGAGAGAGAGAGACGGCGGCGAAGAGUCGCAGGAGGAGGGGGAGGAGGAGAAGACGGAGAGACUUAUAAGUGACUACCAUGAAGAUGAAGAAGGUGUUAGUGCUAGAAAAAAACUUAGGCUUACCAAAGAGCAAUCUGCUCUUCUUGAGGAAAGCUUCAAGCACCAUAGCACCCUUAAUCCCAAGCAAAAACAAGAUCUGGCAAGACAGCUGAAUCUUAGGCCUAGACAAGUUGAAGUAUGGUUCCAAAAUAGAAGAGCCAGAACAAAGCUAAAGCAAACAGAAGUAGAUUGUGAGUUUUUGAAGAAAUGUUGUGAAACAUUAACAGAUGAGAACAUAAGACUUCAGAAAGAGAUUCAAGAACUCAAAACCCUAAAAUUGACUCAUCAGCCCUUUUACAUGCACAUGCCUGCAUCUACUCUCACGAUGUGUCCUUCAUGUGAAAGAAUCGGUGGCAGAAGCGGCUGCGAUAGCGGAGGAGAAGGUGUCGGAGGCGGCAGCAGCGUGGCUACCACGGUGGUUGUGGAUGGAGGUACGUCGAAGGGAGCUUUCUCCAUCUCGUCAAAGCCUCACUUCUUCAACCCUUGUACUAAUUCCUCUGCAGCUUGUUGAAUGAAGUUUUUUAUUACUAUUGAUCUUUUUUGGGAUGGCAAUUUGUUCAGUAGGAAGAACACAAAAAAUUUAGACCAAAAAAGAACACAAGAAAUACGUUAAAAAGGUUAAAAUGGGUAUAGAUGAUCUCUUUUACAAUUCCCACUUAGUUUUUCGGUGGGAUUGUUGGUUUGCGAAAAAAGAAUAAUUUGUAAUUAUUAUUUUAUUUGUAUAAAAGGUAAUAAUAUUCACUCUAAAUUCAUAUUUA